UAACUAUUAUUGCUACUACCAUUACUAUUACUACUACUCCUCACCAGUCGAUGGCGAUAACGCGCCUUUCGUUGUUUAUUGGAAGAAGAACACAGCCACAGUUCUUGCGUAACUCAAUGAUGGCGGCCAUGGAGGAGCUGCAUGUGCUGUUUACCGGGGAGGAUGUACAGCCAUCAUUUGAGGACUACAAUGACCAGAGUGUUUCCAAUGGAGGAAGCAAUGAUGAAAAGGAUGGAGAGGAAUACGAUGGAGAUGGUGACGAGAAGGGAGAUGAAAGCAACAUGAAUGCUGGGUGGGCAGAGGCCAUGGCAAAGAUCCUGGGGAAGAAGACCCCAGAGAGGAAGAGCAGCAUCCUUCUGAGAAACAAACAGCUGGACAAGAUGAAGGAGAGACAGAAACAGGAGCAGCUGGAAAGGAAGAAACAGGUUGACAAGAGACAAGCGUGGGAGAUAAUGUUCAUGGAGAAACCAGACAUAGUAAAGAACCGUGAAACAGAACGAGCUCUGCAGAGAAUUGCUACAAGAGGGGUGGUGCAGCUCUUCAAUGCCGUAAGGAAACACCAGAAAACAAUGGAGCACAAGAUCCAGGAAUUAGGUGGUUCAGAGAGGAAGAAGGCCAAAAUCCUGUCUUUAGUCUCUAAAAAAGACUUUAUUGACGUACUGAGGAGAAACGAAGGGGUGGCUGUAGAGUCCAGCAGGACGGAAAGACACACUACUAGUGCAGCAGAGGAAAAGCCCACCUGGAGUGUACUCACUGAUGAGUUCAUGAUGGGAGCCAACAUGAAAGACUGGGACAAAGCCAGUGACGGAGAGGAAACGGAGCACAAGACAGUGACAUAACUUAAACUUAAUAUUAAAGACCAAUUUUUUU